AUGGACGUCUUCGCGAAGGUGCGCGCGUUCGAACUCGGCGACGCUGACGCCGCCGCGCCGGGCAAAGUCCUUAAGGAUCGACGUUCACCACGCGAACGCGGUCGUAUGGGGACCAGCGUCGCGUCGCCGCCUCGAUUCGUCGACGUCGCCGCCGGUCGGUACCACACCGCCGCGGCGACGGACGACGGGCGGGCGUUCACUUUCGGGCUCAACGACCGCGGGCAGCUCGGCCGCGAGGGCGUCGUCGGCGUCGCGACGCCCGGCGCGGGGUGCGUCGAGGACAGCGGCGGCAGCGCGGGCGCGUGCGAGGACGCGGGGGGCGCGGACGCGAUACCCGGAGAUCGCUGUCGCGGCGGCGGCGCGUGCCGCUCCGGCGUCGCCGGCGUCGUCGCCGGCGGCGCGCUGUCCGGAUCCGGCCCUGACGUCCACGUCGUGAAGGUGGCCGCGGGGCGGUACUCCACCGCGGUCGUCACCGAGAGCGGCGGCGUCGUCGUGUGGGGGCUGAACGCGUGCGGCGGCGGCGGCGGCGACGGCGCCGCCGCCGCCGCGCCGACGCCCGCGGCGCUCCUCGCGGAUCCAAAGUCGGCGUCGACCCCGCGCGCGCUCGGCCGAAACCUCUUCGGUCAGGACGCGGAGGACGGAGACAAAGCGGUCGACGUCGCCGUGGGGUAUCUCCACGUCGUGAUCGCGACCGCGUCCGGGAAGGUGUACACCUGCGCGACCGGGUUCGACGGGUACGCGGGCGUGCGAGAGGGGUUCGAGUUGAACGACGACGACGCGAGCUCGCGCGGCGUCUCUCGAAAGAGUUCGGCGGCGGCGGUCCCAUCGUCGUCCGCGGGCGGGUGGGUCUUCGCCGAGCUCGGUCGCCCCGCGCGCGACGCGUCCGAAGCGCUGAGACCUGCGCGCGUCCUCGGCGCGCUGACGCGCGCGAAGGUCGUCUCCGUCGCCGCCGGACGGUGCCACGCGGCGGCGGCGACGGAGGACGGCGACGCGUUUUUUUUCGGCUGCGGCGGCGACCGCGGCGUCGGCGGAACGCGCGGAUCUUCGACCGACGCGGACGCGGCGGCGGGCGCGCCGAGACGACUUACGCACCCCGCGUCGCUGCCGACGAGCUCGACGAAGAUCGCGAGCGUCGCCGCGGGGGAGUACUUCACGCUCGCCGCCACCGCGGACGGCGCGGUGCUGGGCUGGGGCGACGACGCGAGCGGGCAGCUCGGAGGGUUCGGCGGCGUCGGCGGGCGCGACGCGACGGCGCCGACGCUGGUGGAGAUGGCGCGCCGCCGCGGGGGCGAUGGAGGAGGGCCCGACGUCAGGACGAGGCGCGUCGUCGCGGGGUACCAGCACGCGGUCGCGAUAGCGGAGGAGGCGGAGAGAACGUAGACUACUGUAUGACUAGCGUGAAAUGCAAGCACGCGCACGUCGACG